CUCACUCCCCAUUUUAACCGACAGAUCGUGUAGAUCGAACUCAACUGCUUGUUAUUCUUCACACACAGAACAACAAUGAGAGAGAUCAUCAGCAUACACAUCGGUCAAGCCGGAAUUCAAGUCGGAAAUUCAUGCUGGGAGCUUUACUGCCUCGAACACGGCAUUCAGCCCGAUGGCAUGAUGCCUAGUGACACAACACCUGGCGUCGCAGAUGAUGCAUUUAAUACUUUCUUCAGCGAAACUGGGUCAGGAAAGCAUGUUCCAAGAGCGAUAUUCGUUGAUCUCGAACCAACCGUCAUCGAUGAAGUCAGGACCGGGACUUACCGCCAACUCUUCCACCCCGAGCAGCUUAUUUCCGGAAAGGAAGAUGCAGCUAAUAACUUUGCAAGAGGCCAUUACACAGUGGGAAAGGAGAUUGUUGAUCUGUGCCUCGAUCGAGUAAGAAAGUUGGCCGAUAACUGCACCGGAUUGCAAGGCUUUUUGGCAUUCAAUGCUGUUGGUGGAGGUACUGGUUCUGGUCUCGGGUCCUUGUUGUUGGAACGCUUGUCUGUUGAUUAUGGAAAAAAGUCAAAGCUUGGGUUCACUGUUUAUCCUUCUCCUCAGGUUUCAACUGCAGUUGUGGAACCCUACAACAGUGUUCUUUCUACCCACGCUCUACUCGAACAUACUGAUGUGGCGGUCCUCUUAGAUAACGAAGCCAUUUACGACAUUUGCCGUAAAUCACUAGACAUCGAAAGGCCUAGUUACACCAACUUGAACCGAUUGAUCUCUCAGGUCAUAUCAUCUUUGACCACUUCUCUCCGUUUUGACGGAGCCAUCAAUGUCGAUAUCACAGAGUUCCAAACCAACCUUGUGCCGUACCCUCGUAUCCAUUUCAUGCUUUCCUCAUACGCGCCUGUGAUCUCUGUUGAAAAAGCUUACCAUGAGCAGCUCUCGGUUCCUGAAAUCACGAAUUCGGUGUUUGAGCCUGCCAGCAUGAUGGCUAAGUGUGAUCCUAGGCAUGGAAAGUAUAUGGCGUGUUGUUUGAUGUUCCGUGGAGACGUUGUUCCGAAAGAUGUUAACGCUGCUGUUGCGACAAUCAAAACCAAACGCACCGUGCAAUUUGUUGAUUGGUGCCCAACUGGUUUCAAGUGCGGGAUCAACUAUCAAGCACCAUCGGUUGUACCAGGUGGAGAUCUCGCAAAGGUUCAAAGAGCGGUGUGCAUGAUCAGCAACAACACAGCAGUUGCGGAGGUGUUUUCACGCAUUGACCAUAAGUUUGACCUGAUGUAUUCAAAGAGGGCAUUUGUUCAUUGGUAUGUCGGUGAAGGAAUGGAGGAAGGUGAGUUCUCGGAAGCCCGUGAAGAUCUUGCUGCAUUGGAGAAAGAUUACGAGGAAGUUGGUGCUGAAGGAGUGGAGGAUGACGGUGAAGAUGAGGAGUAUUAAAAUGGUAACUUGUUUUGGGCUGUUGAUUAUCGUUUCAUGUGUGUUAGAUGUGGAUGAUUAAUUUCUUUUUGUUAUAAACCGCUGUUUGCUAAUCGCGAAGUUACUUUUUACUACUCUUAUGAACAAUCCACAGUAUCAGUUUAUCAAGUAAAAUGCAAAGUUCUUUCUA